AUGGCCAUCUCGACAUUUCACAAUAAUUGCAGUAGUAGUAUUAAUCAACAAGGUUUUCAUCAAGCCAAAUCAAUAUCUGAACAAUCUCCAUUGUUAAAUAAACAAACAAGUUUUAGCUACUUUAAACACCAAGAUGCCCCUAUUGAGCGCAAAAUAUCAUCAAAGUAUGAUCCUGAUAAUCCAAAUAGGAAUAAGUUAGGUACUUUUGAUGGGGUUUUCGUUCCUAUUACUAUAAAUGUAUUAUCAAUAUUAGUGUUUCUAAGAUUUGGAUACAUUUUAGGACAGAUGGGAAUAUUAGGAACACUCUUUCUUUUACUUAUAUCCUAUGUUAUUGACCUAUUGACUACUUUGAGUAUUUCCGCUAUAUCUACAAAUGGUACUGUUCGAGGCGGUGGAGCUUAUUAUAUGAUCUCUCGAUGCCUAGGACCCGAGUUUGGAGGGUCUAUUGGAAUCAUUUUUUUCCUUGGUCAGAUCCUCAAUAGUGGUAUGAAUGCUGUUGGUUUAGUAGAGCCGUUACUCUAUAGUUUUGGACUUGCAGAUGAGUCUUCAGUGCCUUCAGUAUUUGGUUUGUUGCCAAGGGGUCGUUGGUUUCAGUUUAUUUAUUCCACCAUAAUUUUACUGUUAUGUUUGGGAAUAGCACUUGUUGGAUCUUCAUCAAUUUCUAGGGCUGGUACCGUUUUAUUUUGGUUACUAUUGCUGUCGAUCCUCUCCAUUCCGUUUUCUGCGUUCGUGGUUCCUGCCUUUAAAAACGGCGAUAUUGUUUACACCGGGCUAUCAUGGGAGACAUUUCGAGGUAAUAUAUAUCCAAAGCUUACAAAAGGUGCGGCAGGAUCCGUAUCGCAGGACAAGGAAACAUUCAAUAACAUAUUUGGUGUCUUCUUUCCUGCCGCAGCAGGAAUCUUUGCAGGUGCAGGGAUGAGCAGCGAGCUCAGGAAGCCGUCGAAGUCCAUUCCUAAGGGCACUUUGUGGGGAUUAUUGUUGACAUUUACCUGCUACACGUUAGUCAUUAUAUCCUUGGGUGCUACAGUUCCGAGGGAUUCGCUUCACAAAGAUGUACAGAUAGUACAAACAAUUUCCAUGUCUCAAAUCGUAAUUUUCCUGGGAGAGGUAUCAGCUUCGCUAUUUUCCAUUAUAGUUGGUAUAGUUGGAGCAGCCUAUGUUUUAGAAGCCAUUGCGAUAGACAGAAUUAUUCCCGGUUUAUCUAGGUUUGAAAAGCGGCCCGUGUACUCUUUAGUAUUCUCAUGGCUUUUGACUCAGUGCUGUUUGUUUUUUGAUGUUAACCAGAUUGCAACAUUUAUUACAAUGACAUUUUUAAUGACAUUUAUUAUAAUGAAUAUGGCAUGCUUUCUGUUAGAAAUCUCUUCCGCACCUAAUUUUCGCCCGGCGUUCAAAUGGUUUGAUCGUUAUACAGCACUUGCUGGAGGUGUGCUCUGCAUCAUUGCCAUGUUUAUAGUGGAUGGAGUAUCUGCAUCAAUUGUGUUCUUUAUGUUAUUGGUUCUUUUCCUAUUAAUUCAUUACUCCUGUCCUCCAAAGCCAUGGGGAUAUGUUUCCCAAUCUUUAAUUUAUCAUCAAGUUAGGAAGUAUUUAUUGAGGCUAAAACAGGACAAUAUAAAGUAUUGGAGGCCGCAGGUUUUAUUAUUAGUGGAUAAUCCUAGAACAAGCUGGAAUUUAAUUAGAUUUUGCAAUCACUUAAAGAAAGGCGGCUUGUAUAUACUUGGUCAUGUCACUGUUAGCAACAACUUCCAGGCGCAAUUUAAUGAGUUGAAAAAACAGACAGCAGCAUGGGUUAAAAUACGGGAUAUGGCCAAUAUAAAAGCCUUUGUACAUAUUGGAACUGGUCCAACAUUGCCUUGGGGGGUUAGAAAUGUAUAUCUUGGUUCUGGAUUAGGAGGAAUGAAGCCCAAUAUCACUGUACUUGGCUUUUUUGACUUGGGUAAUCACUAUGAGAGUAAAAAAGGAGCCCGUCAAAAUCCAUCGGCAAAUGAGUUUCUAAGAGCUAGUCCGCAGCCGUUUAGACCUCAAUAUGUACCUAAGUUUGAAGUGGGUGUAUUACCCACUGACGACUGUAAAGAUGAAGUUAAAAUUAAAAUCCAGCAAUGGGUUCAAAUAAUUGAGGAUUUAUCAUUGAUGCAAAGUACAAUUGCAGUUGCCCAUGGCUUCAAAGAUUUAGUCUUACCAAAUAAGCACAGUAGCUCCGAAGUUAAUUUUAUUGAUCUCUAUCCAAUUCAAAUGUCCGCAAAGAUGGUAAAGGAAUCAUCAUGUGAAGCUAUCAUAACGACAAAUUUUGAUACCUACACAUUAAUUUUGCAACUUGGGGCCAUUCUAGUCACUGUCCCGGAUUGGAAGCGUACUCAUAAACUACGUGUGAUCGUCUUUGUAGAGAAUCGAUCUGAGAGAGCGAAUGAAAAAGCAAGGAUUGCAAACUUAUUAUCCAUUUUGAGGAUUGAAGCAGAAACUGUUGUUUUAUCCUUAGAUGAGUUCAAGGUCUAUAAUGACGUUGUUAAUGGGAGUGAAUAUAGGUUUGAUUACGUUAAUAGCAUUUUGAAAGAUAGCGAGUGGUGGCAGGAUUUGGUGGAGGCUAGAAAGACACAUAGACUAAGACGUAAAUUCACCAUUGACAAUGAACAAGCUGUACCUGGAUCUGCAAUAACUUUGCAUGAUUGCAAUAUCUCAAGGUUACAGCGGUUGGGAGUUUCGCUAACUAUGAAUACCAAUAUUCCGUUACCUAUGGAUCCUGCAGUCUUCAUGUUUUAUGAUACUGAUGAGGAGGACUCCGUAGAUAUGUUCGGUCCUUCAGCAUCUGCUAUUUCCCUUGAUCAUGAGCUUUCAAUUAAAAGUCCUGCUGAUAGAGCGUUGAAGCCACAUAAGCUCAAGUCAAAAUUCCGUGAUGAUAGAUCAAUUCGUUCACUAUUGCCAGUUUUCACAAGUGAUGCACUUCCAAAAACAAAAGUUAUAGAUGAUUCUACCGGGCAAGAGCCUUCCUUAAUUCCUCUCGUUGAUAAAGAUGACCACAAAUCCAAGGACCUGAGAUCUGAUAUUUCCUCAAAUUACGGCAGUGACAAUGUGAUGGAUGAAUUAAACGAACUCAGAUUUAACAGUAUCCCGAGCCGGGCCCAACAUCUCAUUUUGAAUGAUAUGAUGUCUCAGGUCUCGAGGAACUCGAAAUUGAUCUUUUCGACGCUACCGAUUCCUCCGUUGGGAACACAUAAGGAUAAGGAUGAUAGUCUCCAAUAUGUGGAAGACCUUGAUUUGUGGCUUUAUGGGUUACCUCCUACCAUGCUAAUUAACUCCCAAAGCAUGACUGUAACUACUGCAUUGUAA